GAGGAUGACUAUUUACCUUCUUCUGAAGGCUUUUAGCCUUUGAAUAUCAUAGUCUAAUCCCACUGUUUCAUUGGUUACCUUUGUUCUUAGUUAAUUUCAGACAAAACAAGAGUUCAUGAAGCCUCUGAAGCUGUUCUGCAUAGGACUGCUCUUGUGCCUUCUGGUUUGUUUCUUGUUAGAGACAGCUACUCCUCCUUCAGCUUUACUUACAUUUGAAGUGGAAGAAAAAACAGGACUGAAAUCAGGAGCAAUGGGUGUAUUUGCUAUUAGGAAGAAUGCUUUUGACUUCGAAAGACAAGAGACUCAAGUCUCAGGACUCCAGAGGCCUCAGAUGACCAAGCUUAAAAAUCUCCUGUCAGAUUUCUUCAAGAGCUCUAUACCUCCAGCAGCCAUUUUUGCUCUUUUCCUCACCAUAGCACUAAUGGGUAUUCUCUGCUGCCUCACCUUUUUGGUGGGUGAACCAGUCCACUGAAGAGCUAGAAGACUUAAUGGGGGA